ACUUAUCUGCUAUACAUCAUUGACGGCACAGUGCUGACAGCCUUCAGUUGUUUCUGUAACAACAGAAAGCAUACUUGCUUGGAGUAGUGUGAAUUCAAAAUGCUGAAGAGAAAACCAUCCAAUGUUUCAGAGAAGGAGAAACAUCAAAAACCAAAGCGCAGCAGCAGUUUUGGGAAUUUUGAUCGUUUUCGGAAUAAUUCCAUUUCAAAACCAGAUGAUUCAACUGAGGUAUAUGAAGGGGAACCCAUAAAUGAAAGUGGAGAACAAAAUAAAACUUCGAAUAGUGGAGGAGGAUUAGGGAAAAAAAUGAGAGUUAUUUCCUGGACAAUGAAGAAAAAAGUGGGCAAAAAGUACAUCAAAGCCCUUUCUGAGGAAAAGGAUGAGGAGGAUGGAGAGACUACCCUCCCGUAUCGGAACAGUGACCCGGUGAUUGGAUCUCACACAGAGAAGGUCUCCCUCAAAGCCAGUGACUCCAUGGAUAGUCUCUACAGUGGGCAGAGUUCAUCAAGUGGAAUAACAAGCUGUUCAGAUGGUACAAGUAACCGGGAUAGCUUUCGACUUGAUGAUGAUGGCCCCUACUCUGGACCAUUCUGUGGCCGAGCCAGAGUACAUACUGAUUUUACACCAAGCCCCUAUGACACUGACUCCCUCAAAAUCAAGAAAGGAGACAUCAUAGACAUUAUCUGCAAAACGCCAAUGGGGAUGUGGACAGGGAUGUUGAACAAUAAGGUGGGAAACUUCAAAUUUAUUUAUGUGGAUGUCAUCUCCGAAGAGGAAGCAGCCCCCAAGAAAAUAAAGGCACACCGAAAGACUGGAAAGGAAAAACCCAAGACUCUACAGGAGUUCCUAGAGAAGAUUCACCUUCAGGAAUAUACCUCAACACUUUUACUCAACGGUUAUGAGACCCUAGAAGAUUUAAAAGAUAUAAAAGAGAGUCAUCUCAUUGAAUUAAAUAUUAAAAACCCGGAAGACAGGAUGAGAUUACUAUCAGCUGCUGAAAAUCUCCUUGACGAAGAAACUAUUCAAGAGCAAGAAGAUGAAUCUGUGCCCCUAUCCUUAAGCCCAGACAACUCCUUAAAUAAGUCACAGUUAGACGACUGCCCAAGGGACUCUGGUUGUUAUAUCUCAUCAGAAAAUUCAGAUAAUGGCAAAGAAGAUCUGGAGUCUGAAAAUCUCUCUGACAUGGUACGGAAGAUUACAAUCACAGAGCCAAGUGACUGAACACACAUUCUCAACUAUAUAUCUACAAACGCAUUCCAUUUUAACUCUACUUGAACUAAAAGAUCAAAUAAAUGGGAGAGAAAGAAAACAUUUGGCGAUACAACCUAAAGAGAAAGUGUUUUAAUCUGAAUGAUUUUAUAUAAAAGUUCAUGUCUCUAACAUUCCCAAUUAUUGUAAAUAGUAUGUAUAUUUAUUAUUUUAAAUGCUACAUGUUAAUAUUUCACUUGCCUAUAUUAGAAAAGGCAUAGUAUAAGUCUUUGAUAUGUGUGACAUAAGCUAUAUUCAGCUUUGUUUAAGUGUGAAAUGAUAAAUUCUGCAGGAAAAAAACUCCUCUUUUUUUCAUAACUGUUGGUUUUGCAUUUGUGUCUAUUAUUCAAUAAAUAGUAAUGAAGCAUU